AUGGCUGCUCCCAAGAUCACUCUCUACGUCGACAUUCUCAGCCCGUUCGCCUAUAUUGCAUACUACGUGCUCAGACACUCCCCUGUCUUUGAGAAAUGCACCAAGGUCUACGUCCCUGUCUUCCUGGGGGGGAUCAUCCAGGCAACAGGAAAUAUCCCUCCAAUCCGUGUUAAGAACAAGGAUAAAUGGAUCAACGUGGAGCGCAUGCGCUGGUCAAAGCUACUCAAUGUCCCAAUUACAGAGACGACGCCGGAGGGAUUCCCGGUCAAUACUCUAGCUGUUCAACGGGCUCUCUGCGUCAUUGCAGAGGAUCACCUUGAGAAGUUGGUCGGCUGUAUCGAUGCGUUCUACCACGCGCUGUGGGUGAAGUCGGACUCUACUGUUGGCAUGCCCGAAGGCUAUGUGCCGGUCCUGGAGCGUGUAAUCGGGAAGGACGCCGCGAUCAAAGUGGCUGAGAAGGCUUCCACCGCCGAGAUUAAGAAAAAGCUCGUGUCAAAUACAGACCAGUCCUUGGAGUCCGGUGCUUUCGGCCUGCCAUGGAUCGAAUGCACGAACGCACAGGGUAAGACGGAGUCCUUCUGGGGAGUCGACCAUCUUGGACAGGUCGCUGCCUUCCUGGACCUGAAUGUUACUCAAGACAAGGGCUUUAAAGCUUUGCUAUAG